UCUUAUUGGACAUAACUUCCUUCUUUUCUUUUCUUUUCUUUUCUUCUUUUGGGUUUUGAAAUUUUCACUCCCAAAUUAUCCAAAGUUUUCGUCGGAACAGAGACUUGGAAUUAUCUCGCAGGCAGUAGACUCCUUCUUUCUCCUCAGUGGGUAGAGAGAGAGAGCGAGAGAGCUUUACUCUCUUUUUUCUUUUCCUUUCCCCCCAACCCCUAACCCCCUUCUUCACCUUUUUAUGUGUUUAUAGAGAUGCUUUGUUGUUCUGUUCAACUAUGGAAAUAAGAAUCAAGUUCCAGACUCCAACUUAGAUAACGACCUCUCCACCCCCAUUCAUUUUUCUUAUUUUUCCUCUCUAAUUUUGGCGUCAACUAUAAGUUAUUUUGUUUCUUUUUUCCUUCUUUCUUUCUUUCUUUCUUUCUUUCUUUCUUUCUUUCUUUUUUCUAGGGUUUCUUUGGAGGCUUUGAAAUCAAGCAAAGCUGCGUCCAUACUUUCAAACUACUGAUUCCCAACAAAGUUUUAACCCUUAAACACACUCCCCGGAUACUGGACCUAUAUUCUCUCGAUUGCCCACUUAAUUUAGUUUUUAUUCCGAACCCAUCGCCCGCCCGGGACCUUAAACACUCCUUUUUCUUUUCGUUUAUGGCAAGCUUGAAUCUACUACCAUUUUGCUGCUCCGGAUGCCUUCAUAAUUCAUAUACGUAACCCACUGCCCAUGCUGUUUUCAACUGAUUGCAAAUCAGGAAACUCUGAUUGAUUCAACCAUCUUAUCUCUGGGUUUACUCUGUACACACUGUAUCAGUAUGAGGAAUUCGGGAUUAAUUUGAGGCUGCAGUAUGAGUUGUAACGAGAAAAAUAGAGGGGUAAAUGAUAGGGAAACUGAGCUCCCAGUUUUGACCAAGCCACAUCGGAAACCAGUCAUCGAGAAUGGAUCCAUAACGGCCCAACACUUGACCAUCGAUGAUAAUCUUCUUGUUGACCCAAAAUUGCUAUUUAUUGGAUCGAAGAUUGGCGAGGGCGCUCACGGAAAGGUUUAUGAAGGCAGGUACCGGGACCAAAUUGUGGCCAUUAAAGUUCUCCAUCGAGGGAGUACUCCAGAAGAAAGAGCAGCACUUGAAAGUCGUUUUGCUCGUGAAGUAAAUAUGAUGUCCCGAGUAAAACAUGAAAAUCUUGUCAAGUUCAUUGGAGCUUGUAAAGAACCUCUAAUGGUGAUAGUCACAGAGCUAUUACCAGGGAUGUCACUCAGGAAGUAUCUGAUGAAUAAUCGUAAGCAACAGCUGGACCCUCGGAUGGCCAUUAACUUUGCUUUGGAUGUUGCUCGUGCUAUGGAUUGUCUACAUGCAAAUGGGAUUAUACAUAGAGAUCUGAAACCUGAUAAUUUGUUGCUUACUGCAAAUCAAAGGUCUGUGAAGCUUGCAGACUUUGGACUUGCUAGAGAAGAAUCUGUGACUGAGAUGAUGACUGCAGAAACAGGGACUUACCGUUGGAUGGCUCCUGAGUUGUAUAGCACUGUGACAUUGCGCCAGGGAGAGAAAAAGCAUUACAACAACAAAGUUGACGUAUACAGCUUUGGAAUUGUCUUAUGGGAGCUCUUGACCAACCGAAUGCCAUUUGAAGGGAUGUCCAAUUUGCAAGCUGCGUAUGCGGCUGCUUUCAAGCAAGAGAGACCCAGUAUUCCAGGCGACAUACCUCCCGAGCUAGCAUUUAUAGUACAGUCGUGUUGGGUUGAAGAUCCUAACAUGAGGCCCAGCUUCAGCCAGAUCAUUCGCAUGCUUAAUGCUUAUCUAUUUACUCUCCCGCCUCCUUCACUGUCUUCACCGUCUUCACCAAAAUCUGACACAACAGAGACAGCAACAACUAGCAAUGGUGCUAUUACUGAGUUCACUUCUCGUGCAAGAGGAAAGUUUGGAUUCCUUCGCCAACUAUUUGCUGCUAAGAGGGCUAAGAACUCGCAAUAAGGGGUAUAAUUUUUGAAUAGCUUGUUCUCUUUUCCACAUGGAAGAGAAGCCAUGCCUGUGGUAGUGUAUAAAUAUAUAUUUUGACCUACCCGGAUUGUAGGACUUAGAAGAGGGUGAUAAGAAUUAGGAUGAAGGCUGUGCUGUGGAAAAGAGAUGAUGUCAACGGGGGACCCGUUGACCAAAUAAUAAACGAGAAAGAGAACUUCCAGAA